AUGGACAAGAUCAGAAGCGUGUUGAAACGCCGCGAAGGGACCUCCAGCUCAAGCGAAGAUUCCUUUGAACAUCCACACAAUCUCAACGAAAAGGCCGCAUACGACGUUCAUCAGCAGACAUUCAAUGAGGAUUUCGAGGCCGACCACAAAGUCCCCAACCUAGAAUUAAUAGCAUCCAAAUCACAGGAGUUUGACCCCGUUUCAUCGCGUUUAAUCCAAGACAUUAUCCACGAUGACUACGCUGGUAUCCACGUUGAAGACGAUUCUCCAUACCCUGAAGUCAGAGCCGCUGUUCCAAGUUCCGACGACUUUGAUAUGCCCCAGGCCACCCUUAGAGCAUGGACCAUUGGUUUGAUUAUGACAACCAUCGGUUCCGGUAUGAAUAUGUACUUUUCCCUUCACUCGCCCACCAUCACCAUCACCACUAUGGUUACCUCCAUCUUGGCCUACCCAGUGGGAAGAUUUUGGGCUUGGUGCAUUCCCAACUGGAACAUCUUUGGUCUUCCAUUGAACCCCGGUCCAUUCAACAUUAAGGAGCACGCUGUCAUCACCAUUAUGGCUAGUGCUUCGUUUGGUGGUGGUGCUGCUUACGCCACUGAUAUCUUGGUCUCGAUGAACAAAUUUUACAACGCCGAUUUCGGUGUCGGGUUUGCCAUUGUUGCCAUUCUUUCAACAAACAUGAUUGGUUUCUCCAUGGGUGGUUUGAUUAGAAAAUUUGUUGUUGAGAGUCCUUCGGCAAUCUGGCCUGCAAACUUGGUCACUUGUACAUUCUUGACCAAUAUGCACAUAAACGAAAAUCACCCGGCCAACGGUUGGAAGAUCUCGCGUCUUUGGUUUUUCUUGACUGUUUUUAUUGCGAGUUUUGUCUACUACUGGUUCCCCGGUUACAUUUUCCAAGCCUUGAGUAACUUCAGUUGGAUCACCUGGAUCCGUCCAAACAAUGUCACAAUUAACCAGAUUUUUGGAUCUAGUUCGGGGUUGGGUAUGAUUCCCAACAUGAUUGCAUUGGACUGGAACCAAAUUGCCGGUUACGUUGGUUCGCCAUUGAUUCCACCAGCAGGAACCAUCGCUACUAUUUUCCUUUCCAUGGUUUUGAUUUUCUGGAUCAUUACACCUGCAAUCUCCUUUUCCAAUACUUGGUACGGUGACUAUGUUCCAAUUUCCUCGUCUGGUUCAUACGACAGGUACCAGAAGACAUACAAUGUCAGCAGAAUCGUCAAUAAAGAAACAUUGACGUUUAUCGAAGAGGAGUACAAGAAAUACUCACCUUUGUUCUUGUCCACCACUUUUGCAAUUUCAUACGGGUUGUCAUUUGCAUCAAUCACCGCCACGGUUAUGCACACCAUCUUGUUCCACGGUAAAGAAGUGCUCGACCAAAUCAAGGUCAAAGAAACCCCAGAUGUCCACAACAGAUUGAUGGCACGUUACAAAAAAGUGCCAGAAUGGUGGUUUUUGAUUGCAUUCUUGAUCUUUUUUGCAUUAUCCGUCGUCACCGUUAGAGUCUGGAACACCGAGAUGCCAGUUUGGGCUUUGAUUCUCGCACUUCUCAUUGCAUUGUUCUUUUUGAUUCCAGUUGCCGUCAUUUACGCAAGAACCAACAUUGCAGUUGGAUUGAACGUGCUUACCGAGUUUAUCAUUGGAUACGCAUUGCCAGGAAAGCCAGUGGCUAUGAUGUUCUUCAAGACCUUUGGUUACAUCACCAAUAACCAAGCUGUCACUUUUGCUCAGGAUAUGAAGUUGGGCCACUACAUGAAGAUUUCACCACGUAAUUUGUUCUGGUCCCAGUUCAUUGCAGCCAUCUGGUCGUGUCUUGUUCAAAUUGGUGUCAUGAGAUGGUCCUACGGUGCUAUCAAUGAAUUGUGUACUCCUCACCAGGAAAACUCCUUUACUUGUCCCGGUGCCAGGGUGUUUUUCAAUGCCUCCAUCAUCUGGGGUGCCAUUGGACCACAGCGUCAGUUCUCGCACGGACAAAUGUACUAUGGAUUAUUGUUCUUUUUCAUUGUUGGGUUGAUUCUUCCCAUCAUCAACUGGUUGAUUUUGAGAAAAUGGCCAAACAGUUUGGUCAAGUACGUGCACUGGCCCGUGUUCUUUUCCGGUACUGGUCUUAUUCCUCCAGCUACUCCAUACAACUACACAUCCUACUGUAUGGUUGGUUUAGCCUUUGGUUGGUGGAUCAAGAGAAGAUUCUUCCACUGGUGGACCAAAUACAACUACUCCUUAUCUGCUGGAUUGGAUAUUGGUUUAGCUUGGAGUUCGUUAAUCAUCUCGUUGGCAAUGGGUUUGACCAAUACAUCAUUUCCAAGCUGGUGGGGCAACGACGUGGUUGCAAGCACGGUUGAUUAUGACAUCACGAGCAACGUCAGAAAGCUCUUGGAACCCGGUGAAGCUUUUGGUCCAUCGACCUGGUAA